AUCGAGGUGCCGCCGGCCUGCUCUGGCGACGCCGACGUGCAAGACGCCGCCUUCAAAGCGUUCUCAGAGGUCGAGCGCGCGGCCGAGGCGCUGGGCCUGACGCCGGCGCGCCUUGACGCGGUGUGCGGCGGCGUGCAGGCAGCGACCGAGGGCGCGGCCGGGUGCCGGCGGUUCCUGGGGAUGGAGUACCCGCGGCUGCGGCGCGCGUGCGCGGCCGGGGCGGUGGACGUUGUGGCCGCGUGGAUGGACAGGGUGUCUGGGGCGCGGCAUGACUAA